UAAAAAUGAAAACUGCCGGUGAGCACUAGUAAAACACGGUGCUAUAGUUAAGGUUACAUUGAGAUAUUGCAGUGGUUAACAAAAUGGCAGAAAAUGCGUCAUUGCUGAUGGUUCUUUUCCUUUGCCUCUGUGAAAAUGUUGUGACUGCAACAGAUACAGAUAACUUGUCCUGCUACAGAAUUAAGCCUGGCACCAUGGCUAGCGUAAUCAUUGCAGAUGUGAUCCUAACCAUUGGUAUUGUCAUUGUAACAUACCACUGUGCCAGCAGACGCAGACUUCGAAAAGAGAGGGCUGAUAAAGUCUACAUGAACGUCAGGGCUAACUGCAAAACCUGAAACCACAUUAUAUAUAAUAUUUGACAUUUAUGUUUUUUUUUUAUAUGCACUCUUGUUUUACCUUGUCUUUCAAUAAAAGUUG